AAAAACUCAAUAUUUCAUGCUGAAGCAUCUCUUUGAACAAUGGGGACCCACUUCUUGACGUUAAUAUGGUCGUCUCUGUGCUCGUGCUCGUCCUUCUCGUCCAUUGAAGUUUGAGCUAUGGGUUCGGGCCCAAACGUCCCUUUCUCUGUGUUCUCCUUCGACGAUGUUCGUUGGCUGUCGCUCGUUGUAUUCCGCAGAGCAAGUGUGGAACAAGCGUUGUUCCAAAUUCAGUGCCAGAGGAAAACGUGGAACACAGCUAGAAUCAGUUCCAAUUCCGACGAGAGUGGAGGUCGAUGAUGCAUUCCCUGCGUCUUUGGCGAACCCGAGUGCAGUCAGUCGUUCUGAUGAUCCGAUUGGAACUUGAUUGAGUGAUCGCCCUUGGGAAGGGAGCAGCUACUCCCACCUAGCCGUCGUUAUGUUGGUGAUCCAUCUGGCCAUGAAUGGCUCCAAUUUGAGUGCUUGGUUAAAAGAUGUGGGAUCGGAAGACUUUAUCUCGUUGGUGCCCAAUCAUUGGCUGGAGCAGGCUGCUCCCUCGAGCACGUUGACCAGUUUCAUUGGGGUCAUCUUCUUGAUAUUUUGCCUCAUCAAUAAUGUCUGCACCAUUUUACUCAUCCUUUCUUUGGCCCGAAAUCCCAAAUUGAGGACAAACUCCAAUAAGUUGCUCAUGAGUCUGACCAUGGCAGACUUUGUUCUUCUCUCCGGAGGUCAUCUCAUUGUGAUCCAAUCUUUCGCCGGAUUUCCCAUCCUCGGCAAAUUGGGAUGUCGGAUUUGCGGAUUUGUUGGAACGGUGGGUGCAUUGGCCGAGAUUUGGUCACUUACAGCCAUCGCUGUGGAUCGGCUGAAGGCCAUUUAUCAUCCUUUACAAAAGAAGAAAAGGCUCAAUAAAAAAGAAGUGGGUGUCAUAAUAUUGGUCAUUUGGAUUGGAGCCAUAGCCUUCGCACUUUGUCCCUUGUUGGGAUGGAACCAAUUCGUUUCAGAGGCUCUCGUCAUUGGAUGCUCUUUUGACUCCUUCUCCACGGAAUGGUCCGAUCGAUCCUACAUUUUGGUCUUGGUGCUUGUGGCUUGGUGUCUUCCUAUGGGGGUGCUGUGUCAGUGUUAUUUUCGCAUAUUCUAUGCCGUCCGUGGAGGAAUUUUCAAUUGGACCGAACUCCCCGAUGCAGCAGAGGAUCAAAGACGAAGGAUCGAGCGAACCUUGGCCAAGAUGGUGAGUUGCUUACUGCUCCUUUGGUUCGUCUCUUGGACUCCCUACGCUAUCUUGUCUCUUUGGACCAUGUUUUUCCAAGCACGAGGAUUGACACCCACUUUGGCCUUGCUUCCCACCAUCUUAUGCAAGGUCAGCGCCACUCUCAAUGGCUUCACCUAUGGAGUAAGGUAAGAAGCACCACGAAAAAGGCCUCGUUUUCCCCAUUCUAGCGAUGUACCAUAGCUAAAACAAAAGUACGGCGGCACUCAUUGAUCACUCAUUCAUGGUGAAUGAAAAUAGGGAUGGGAUGGAAAAACACCAGUGGAAUAGGCGUGGUUUGAAAGAAAACGAAGUCUCGAUCAGGUGGGCGAGGAAAAUGAGGAUGAUUUUUACUAAGGCGUAACCUGAACAGACGUCACCCCAAAACAAGUGUCUCUUUA